GGGGGCAGUAACAUUAGGCGUCAGAACUACCAAAAAAACAUAAGGAGAAGAAGAGCACCGUCGGACUGUGGCAGCCAUGCUCGGGUACACCAUGCUCCUAGAUCCCGAAGCGGCUGAAGAUUGAUCAGUUUGACCAAGAAGCUGCCGACACCGCCGCUGUUAUUGAAGCUGCUGCCAUGGGAACGACGAUGAGCGAGCCAUGUAUCUACGACAAACUGUCCGAGAGCAUAGACAUCCUCCGCCAGUCGGGCUACCGCUACGGCAUGUCGGAGAGGGAGAUCGAGAGGUUCAUCAAGCAGGUCCUGGAGACCAACGAGCCCAGGAGAGAGCCCCCGCAGUUCCCCAUCCUGAGAGCUGCCAUCAAGUUUGUGGUGGCAGUGGGCUUCCUGCUGGUGGUGGUGCUGGCCUUCACCUACCCUCAGACUUCCCCCCAGCUCGGUCUGGUCAACCUGGGCUGCUACAACUGGUCGUCGCCCCUCAGCCACGUUCGCCUGUUGUCUCUGCCCAUCGCCAAGAAGUACAACCUGCAAGGUUUCCAUGAAUGGUGGAGUGCCGGCUCGCUCAGGCACAGUCUGGUGAACUGUUCGGGCUGUGCAGAGAUCUCCUCUGUGCUGGAGGUCCCAGAGAGCCUUAGAGGGACGGUGAAUCUGCGACGGGGGCCACAGCUGGUCCUGCUGAAGGGGGGGGAGUCUCUCAGCGUCCAGCGGCAGCAGCUGGAGGAGCUCUACUUGGCCCAUUCAGGGUCCAUGUCGAUUCUGCUAGAGGAGGACGACGGCCUGCAGAACCACAACUUCGGCCUCCCUCAGGGCCCCGCCAACUUCACCCUGCUCUGGAGGUUCAGCUCUGGAACCAGGGAGAAGGUGUUGAGGUGGCUCUUCCCCAAGGCUGAGCUCUGUCCCCUGCUGGACAGUGCUGGGACCAUCCUGCAGCGGUGCCUGGUCACCCACAGCACAAACUCCCAGAGCAAGGGCGUCAGAGUGCUGGGCUGGCUGGUGGUGGGUGAGGGGCUGCCCACAGUUCGAGUUCUGCCUGUUCAACGCUGUCAGAAACACUGCAGCUCCUUCAACCUGUGGCUAACACCUGGAGACAUGGUGUACGCUGACCCUCGUUACUGGCAGAUGGAGCUUUUCCCCGGUCGAGGCCAGAACAUCAUCUGUGACGGAUCUGCCUUUUAACGUUCAGGUGGAGCCAAGCGAUGGACAGAGUUGAGGACUGGGAACACGCAGAUCAGCUGUGGACGUUUAAGACUUCCAGCAAAGGUGUUUCGGAGAGCGUCGGCCUCCGUGUGGCCCCGUCCACUGAUGCCUUAUAACCCUCCUGUCUUUUACACGUCUAGUAAACCUGGGUGGACUCCUCAGAGAACUGGAAACCUCUGCUCACAUGACUUCAUUUAGGAAAAACUGGAUUUCCUACAUGUUUAAAGAGCGGAGGUCGGAAUCUGACUUCAUAACUUUGUCCUUGUGAACAACACGUUAGUAAACUCUCUGCAUUAGCAGCUCUGGUGUUCUGCAUGUGCUUGUGCCAUAGCUUCAAGCAGAACUAAAAAUAAUAGGUGUUUCUCUUUUUCAGAAAGUAGUGGAUCACCUUUAAAUCACCUCCCACAUCUCUGAUCUGUUUCCAGUUAAAAUAUCAGAAUCAAUCUCAGCUUUGUAAGUGUGACUGAGAAUGUGGAUGCCAUCUUUUUGUCUGUUAAUCUUUGCAGCUGCGCAGGUUGUUGGAACUAACACUUCCUGAAUGGACACAUGUCCGUGACUGAUGCGACAGACGUUAAUUGUGCCUGACUACGGUUUCCACAGCCUGAUGUCUGAAAACUAUGUCGUCUGGACGGUUACGAAAUAAUCACUUUUCCCAAACACCAUGUCAGACUAACAUGUUCAGUUUGAAUAUCAGUCAAUGCAGCUGUUUCCAUCGUGCAUAUUCUAAUUGAUUUUAUUCAGGAAGUUAAGAACCCACAGCCCAACUGUUUGUCCCUAGCCUCUAAUAAUUUAAUAGAAUUAGUCCGAGCAUCAUGUUUAUCAUUUAUCAUUGAUAGAUGUGGGCAUCAGGAAUUUCUUAAUGACAUCUUAAAACAGCUGGAUACGACUAAUUGCUGCAAUGGAGAAAGUCCCCUGGAGCUCCAAAAGGUUUUCCACAGGACCCGACCUGCAAACAAAAUGUUAGUAUUUCUACUUUCUAAACCAUCGUAAACGUCUCAGAACCCAGAAAAGCUGUUUUUAUUUGGAUGACACGAUCCUAACAUUAAGAGCCGGGUUUGAAUGUUCACUUCCUGCUGAAGUUCUGAGACACACCUUCUGCUCUUUAACUGGUUUUUCUUAUGAGUAGUUUGAUUUUAAUCUGCUGCUAAAUCUAAAUUAAUCCCAGGCCUGUUGCAGUUGACAAAUUAUUAUUAGAUAAGUUUGAAGCAAAUAUAAUCAAAUCUUCUUUGAUUACUUCUUUGCAAAAACAGAAAUGUUGAGUUUGUUGCUUCCUGACAAUCUUUAAUUUAGGGAAAAAUAACUUUUAAAUUUAAAAUUUUCCACAGAGAAAUCACUAAUCAAGCUCCUAUUGUAGUUGUUAAAUAUAGAGCUUCAAUUAUUAAUCAAUUAGCCAUUAAAAGACUAAUUUGUCUCAUAAAAACAAAUAAAACUACGAUAUUCAGACUCAUAACACCACUGGAGGAGUUUUUUUCUGUUAUGUGGGUGAACUGAACCUUUAACAACAACUUACUGCUCAAACUCAAACACAUCAUCACAAACCCGGAAAUAUUUUAUAGUUUAGUUUCCUCCCACAUGUUGUUUAUCUGCUUAAGAUGUUUUUAAUUUUGAGAUUUUAUGGACAAAGCUGCUGAUCUACUUUCAGUGUAAUAAUUUAUUGUUAUGAUUGUAUAUAUGUUGAAGCCAUUAACUAUAAUUAAUAUUAUUUAACUUUGGAUUAUCACUUGUGAUUAUCAGUACUGACAGAGGUUAACAGAUCAUCUCCAGCAGAUUCUGAGAAAACAGUCCAUGAAGAAGUAGAAGAAAUAUUUUGUGCAUGAUCGGGGUUUUUCAUGGUGUGGACAGAAGUCUAUUGUAAAAUCAGUUUGCCAAAGUAAAUGCCUGUGAAAUUUGAAUUUCUGUGUUUUAAAGACACACACCCUCGUUUUGUUCAAGUUUCCAAACGCCACUUCUAAAAACAAAUCGGGGGGUGAAUCUUUAAAACCGUUGGCUUUGCAUAGAAAUGUCAAAGUUUUAUGAGAAAAUUAAAAGUUGCUGUUUUUGCUUC